GUCCGAGCUGCCGGAAGUGCUGCGGCGAAGAGUAAACAGCGCAGCCGGAGGUGCGCGUCCAUCUUGGCGGAGUCGGAGUCCGAGUCCGCCGCCAGUCAUGGGUGGCGUCCUGGGCCUCUGCUCCAUGGCGAGCUGGAUACCAUGUUUGUGUGGAAGUGCCCCGUGCCUGCUCUGCAGGUGCUGCCCCAGUGGAAACAACUCCACCAUCACUAGGCUGAUCUAUGCCUUCUUCUUGCUUCUCGGCGUGAGCGUGGCCUGUGUGAUGUUAAUUCCAGGAAUGGAAGAGCAGCUGAAGAAGAUUCCUGGAUUUUGCGACGGAGGGAUGGGAACAACUAUUCCUGGUGUUCAUGGCCAUGUGAAUUGUGAUGUGUUGGUUGGUUACAAAGCAGUGUACCGAGUGUGCUUUGGUAUGGCAAUGUUCUUUCUUCUCUUCUCCUUGUUGAUGAUCAAAGUGAAGAGCAGCAAUGAUCCAAGAGCAGCAGUGCACAAUGGAUUCUGGUUCUUUAAAUUUGCAACAGCGCUUGCAAUUAGUGUUGGAGCUUUCUUCAUUCCAGAGGGACCUUUUACUACUGUGUGGUUUUAUGUAGGUAUGUCUGGAGCAUUCUGCUUUAUUCUUAUUCAGCUGGUCUUGCUUAUUGACUUUGCUCAUUCCUGGAAUGAAUCUUGGGUUGAAAAAAUGGAGGAAGGAAACUCAAGAUGCUGGUAUGCAGCUCUGCUGUCAGCUACAGCUGUCAAUUAUCUUCUGUCUCUAGUAGCUAUUGUCUUGUUUUACGUUUAUUACACUCAUCCAGAAGGUUGUUCUGAAAACAAGACAUUCAUCAGUGUUAAUAUGCUACUGUGUAUCGGUGCUUCUGUAAUGUCUAUUCUGCCAAGGAUUCAGGAAUCUCAGCCAAGAUCUGGUUUGCUGCAAUCUUCUGUGAUUACCAUCUAUACGAUGUAUUUGACUUGGUCAGCUAUGACCAAUGAACCAGAUAGGCGCUGUAACCCAAGUUUGCUGAGCAUCAUUGGUUAUAAUACCACCACCAUUCCAACCCAAGGUCAAGUAGUGCAGUGGUGGGACGCGCAAGGAAUUGUAGGACUGAUUUUGUUUUUGCUGUGUGUUCUCUACUCAAGCAUCCGAACAUCCAAUAACAGCCAAGUUAACAAGCUGAUGCUGACCAGUGAUGAAUCAACUCUGAUAGAGGACGGAAUGCCCAGGAACGACGGCUCCCUUGAUGAUGGAGAUGAUGUUCACCGUGCCAUAGAUAAUGAAAGGGAUGGAGUUACUUACAGCUAUUCUUUCUUCCAUUUUAUGCUUUUCCUGGCAUCGCUGUAUAUCAUGAUGACACUUACCAACUGGUACAGUCCGGAUGCUACUUAUGAGACAAUGACCAGCAAAUGGCCGUCUGUCUGGGUGAAGAUAUCUUCCAGCUGGAUUGGCAUUGUGUUGUAUGUGUGGACUCUGGUUGCUCCGCUGGUUCUUACAAAUCGUGACUUUGACUAAGGGAGCUGUAUUGCUCUCCAGGGAAGAUGGUGUUAGGUUCACCAUGUCUUUUGAAACAAACAGUAUUCAGGAUUAUAGUGUAGUUGUAAAUACGUGUGCGUGUGCUAUCUGUGUAGCAUAUACCCUGCUUUACUCUGCAUGAUCACCUUGAAUCAUGUCUUUUUGUCACUUCACUAAAUGGCUCUUUCUGGCUGAGCUCAGUGAGAAUUGCUACAGUGAUAGUUUUAAUGGGAUUAUUCCUAGAUCUAGUGCUUUGGGAGCAUUAGAAGAUCAAGGCCUUUUGGAAGUAUGUCUUUCUCCCCACCCCUCAAUUGUACUAAACAGUUCUCUGGGGGAAAUCAAGUGCAAAUUUUAAUUAAUUUAACAAAAUAGUAUUAUAUCAGGCUUUGCAAGGGAAGGAAGAGCUGCCUUUGAUAAUCCGUGUUGCCUUGAUUCCAAAGUAAUCUUGAGUUAGCAUUGUUAGAUGCAAAAUUGUGUGUUAGUACUUACAGGACAUGUUGCAUCAUUUUGGCACUAAAAGCCUGGCCUUGUAUUAAGGGCAGCACAGUACCUUUAGCACAAAUGUUAAAUGGGGAAACUUGCACCUGAAAGUGUGGAGAAGCUGACAUCUUCCUGCGUGUCUGAUGUGUCCCAUUGCAGACAGGACUGGGGAAAAAAAUAUUCUGUUAGCAGAUGCUCAGAAGCAUGUUUUAAGACACCUGUUUACAAUAUGCAUCUACGUAUUUUUUUUUAAAAGGUAGUUUAAGUGGAAUAGCUGUGCUUUAAUUUAUUGCUGGUUUUAUGCCACUUUCUUGGCUAAGUUGCAAUCACAGACUUUGCAAGGAGCCGAGUGGUGAACACUGUUAACACGUCAGAGGAAUUUUUGUGGUAUAAUGAUUCAAAUAGAAGCAGAAGCAGAACUGAAUCUGCAGUAACUAGGGGAGGCUUACAUUAACAAAAAUCUUCAAGAUACUCGAGGCUCUACUUUUUGAUUUGGGUAUUUUGCUGUCCGUUACAAGAGAUAAAGUUGAGCCUAGAAAGUAGUUUUAGACAAAGGUAAAACAUUAGAUCUGUUUGAUUAAAAUACUGUAUAGUUUUGUGCAGUUAUGAAAAAUUAAAUGCUUUUGUGCUUGCUGCUUUGUAAUUGAAGUACGUAAGCUGCAUUAUUUAUAUUUUUCCUUUACUUGCUAUGACCUGAGCUGUCUGGUUGGGAGGUACCCUAGAGCACUUAGAUGAUGUCAUGAUUAUCUGUUACUGUGAUGUUUAUACUGUUAUUUCUUGUUGCUAAUUCUUUUCUAAGCUUUUAUUAAACUCAUACUGACAUUUAGUGCAGAAGUAUGACAUGUCACUCAAACUUGAGAUGGUAAUGAAAGGAUUAGUAAAGGCUUGCAGUAAUUUGGAAUAUGUUGUUACCUUAAAUAAAUUUGGAUGAAACUGUGUAAUUA